AUGUCUUCCUCACUCUCGAGAUUUUCCUGCGCCCUACUGAUGCCGUCUGAUCUUGACCUCCAGUCUUCAUACUUCGGGUUUGUCGACACUCACGACGAUGCCAAGAUGCUGAUCCAGGCAUGCGUCCAAGGCAGUCUGCAAGUGGUCAAAAGACGACCUACCUCUUCAGAACGACCUUCUGUCGCACAAAGCGGACACGUCUUCAUGUACGAGAAAAAAGCAUCCGGCAUUCAUCGCUGGACCGAUGGACGGCACUGGAGCCCCAGUCGCGUCUUGCGUGAAUUUCUCAUCUAUGCAGAGCGAUCAGCUUCACCAAAUCAAUCACAUACCACGGAAACUGACAAAGCACCUCUGCUGGUGAAGGAUGGCUCGGAAGAUGGGCACCAACGGCUGUCUGGCCCAUUGACGAUAUCUUCGCACUUCGACCCCAAAAGCCUGGUCAAGAAAACCAUCACUGUCAAAAGCAAUGACGGCUCUGGCGCAAUUUGGCACUUGGUGUCUUACUACCGGCCUGUUGAUGUUCUACAAGGCCGGUUGCAAACCCCAAAGAUGAACCAAGACUUCAUUCUGCAACCGCGGCACCUACCAAGAAAUCCAAUACCGUACGGAAACUCGUACAACGGCCACCAAGCUGGGGGAAGCAGCUUAUCACCAACGGCACACCUCUGGGACAGUUCCAUUAUACUCAACUAG